CUUGACGACAACGGCGAUAAUUACGAUAAUUUGACCGACACAAUGAACGCCCAAGUCCAGCUCGCUGUGGAGUUGACCCGUAUAUUUCCCGUCGACCGCAUCAUUGAUAGCGCAUACAACUCCAUCAUCAACUUCGCUCGCGAUCUCAGGAAGACAGGCUCAGACCUGCUUGUCGAAGAAGAGUUGGCAAAUAUAUUCGGACGCGGUCGAAUCAAUGACGAGUUGCGGGACAAGUUCAAGGCUGAGGUUUUGAAGGACAACCAGGUUAUCAGUUUUCGAAGUCCAGAUGGUAGCACAUCUGGACUCGUACUGGAUAGUCGUCCUGGCCCAACGCUGGAGAGAGCGCUUCGAAAAGAUGAUACCAGGGCUUUUUUGGCAACAGUUAUACAAGUGUCAUUGCUGGUAUGGAUGCACGAGCGCGAGACGCUAGCUACCGCUCUGUCUCAGUGCAUGGAAGCUCGUCACCAGGCUGGGGUAUCUGGAGCUACCGAGAGCCCUGGGAUUGCAGCAAUUCAAGGCAUGUUUGAGGCGUGCUCAUCCCAAGCAGGGACCUUUCCGUGGAGUUAUUACACACACCAAAUUGAGUUGUGCAUUGCGCAAAGAGAUCCGCAAUAUCGUCAUGAUAAGUACAAUACAACCCUGACGCCGAGGUUACUUCUGGCGUGUAUAGAUUAUCUAUACAUACUGCAGCGCCUUCCCGAGGAUCGUCGAAUGGUCGUCAACUCCCGUCAGGGUUUCAUUACUCUGAUAGUAUGGGGUCACUACGUUCUUGAUUUGAGCGUUCGAGUUUCCGGCCUUCCAGGUGGUGACCUCAUGUUUGGUAACCAUCAUAAAGGAUUUCCGCAAGUUGUCAUCAAUUACUCGGGAUCUGAUACAUCAGAUCCAGAUAUAUGUCUUUUUGACGCCAAAACGCGCCUCGUGCUGACGCCAGAAGAACCUGGGCACACCAUCAUUGAAUCAUGCGAGAGGCUACCCUUGAAAGACUAUGGUACGACUCUCAUUUGGCGGUUGUUCAACGUUCACAACACAACUGCCAAAAAUUCGCCAAUUUACUCAGACGCUGUUGAGUAUGUCAUCGCGCUUGCUCUCACGGCACUCCCUAGGAUUAAUCGCUUCCACCACGAUCUUGACACGAAGAACGACGGUGCUCGUUCUUCGCCUUCAAGUUUAUCCAUUCACCGUUGGCAGAUACUCAGUGCGGCUAAGAUAUGCUUUGCAUCUGUAGAUUACAGCAUACCAGAAAUUGAGUCUUAUGUCCAGACCCUGAAACGUCACAAACAGAUGUUUGCUAUCGAUCCACCUCCAAGCCUACUCAAGCACUGGGAAUAUGAACUAGAGAUCAUCAAAAAGUCACAAAGAGCCGAACCAAAGUUAACUCUUCAUGCGCUUUCGUUCCUGGUAAUUGUUCUGGCUUCAGUGACAGGUAUAGAUGGCUGUGGCGAGGUGCCGCUUGUUGCGGACAUCCACCCUUUAUCCAGCAGAAUUCCCUAUCACGGGGCUCAUCAAGAUGACGGAAGCUACGUACUUUCUUCGGGCAGUCUUUUAGACACUCUUGUGGCCAUGAUGAGUACGAAGCUUCACUCCAUCAUCCAUGGACAAGAGUUCAUGGUUAGCGAACACGGCUGGACGGUCUUUUUGAGUAGUUUCGAGGCCGAAGACCCAUCACUUGUCGUUCCUGAGCGGUUAUUAUUGAGGAAAGGUGUACCGACGAAGCAUGCAACCCAAGAGCGAAGAACUCGCGUCAGGGACGCCGACGAGCUUCAAUCGCAUCUGAUGUCAGACUUACCGUUUCGACAAAUGCUCGACAGAAACACUUACAUAGCUCGCUGCGUUGAGCGUGGAGUCAAUCGCACCGAGUACUACGCUACUGGCCGCUCCGACUUUCAACUAAGCAUUCAGCACAGUGUUGAACGCUAUAACGGGGCUACCGGUCCCCGAUUUGACUAUUACAAAUGCGACCACCAAGAGCCCUUGGGUUCAGAAGCAGUGAGACUGCCACUUGGAGUUGCGACUGCGACGGGUGUAGGAUGGUAUUUUGAUGGUGAGCCUGAAAGAAUAAUCAUUGCAUUGAAAAAAGGAGAUUCGCUGGCUCGAUGGAUAGCUAUUGCUGGUUGUCGGAGCAGAACCGUCGUGCUCCGCGGCAGAUCAACGUGCAUUUCAUGUACACUCAGCUUCACUGCGUCAUUACCUGGUAAAUGGCUUGUUAUUAUAUAGAAUUUGGUUUGCAUAAGGCAACGGUGAUGGAAGAUUUCUCAGUGCGCGCUCUUCAUUUACAUGAUGACCAUUGAGCAACAACGAAACACAUUUCAAAUUUGACCUAUAAGCUGAACUUUCACGUUCAUUAGCUAUACCAGGAGUAUUCUAAUUCUUCCAAUUGAUUUCAAGAGUUUACUCCAUGAUUCAAUCUUAUCGGUGUUGCGAUUUCGAGUCAUUGAACGUACGACAGACAUUCCCCACCCUACACCAUUCAACCUACCAACACAACACAAGCCCACAAAACCACCAAUCCCUCAAUCGAUCUCCGAUCGAUCCUCUCAAUCUCAAUCGCAACCAGAAAAAGAAAAGAUCAACCCGUCUAGAUCAAUAAUCGCACAUCGAAACCAUAAUAUCUAAACUCCCCCCUCACAACUCCCAUCCGCAACCCAUCCCCACACACCUUUCUUUCAACCUAACAUGCCUUCGCACCACCAUCCCAAAAAAAACCUCCAACCUCUCCACCUACAUACAGUCCGCACUUACCCAUCGACCCGCCCCUUCCGUAUCCGCAUAUCUACGAGCUCCCCCCGUCAACCCUAAUCCGGCCCCCUCCUUUCCCGUUCAAGCGUUUGACAAUCCGCGACGCGCUCUGCCGCAGCGAAGCGGGGCUGCCAUCCUCGCCCCAACCAAGGUCGUGGAGAGACAUGCACACCCUUGACGGCUUGCGGCCUUCUUUCGUCAUGCGAAGAAAGGCCUGUAUUCGUCGUAGUACGAUAUGCCGGAGAAUGAUGUCCUUUGGGGCUGGCUUUUUUUUUUCUUUGCGCAGGUGGACUUGGUGUUGACGGGGUGUACGUGAGGGGGGGUGCGAGGUAGGUACGUUUCAGAGCGGGCAUGUAGCAAUUGCUUAUCGCUGGAUGCGGAUAUUGUGCUGAUGUUUGAGUUGUUUGGAGGGGUGGGGAAUUUGAUCCGUCGCUUUGUGUUUUCUGUGGGUUAUUUGUAUGCGUCUUUGGACGAGGCAUGUAAAGGGAGUUGUUAUGUGUUGGUCGCUGCUCGCACUCUUGCUUUAUCUCGUUCGAGGCUCGC